UUCACUAUGGAUGUACUGCUUACUGGAGGUGUUGCUGUCUCACUUUUUUCCCCUUGUCAAGGACCUACAGUGAUGCAGAAUCUACAGCAGACGGAUGGAACGUUUCCCUUCUCUGAGACUGCGUCGCCUCACUGACAACAUGGAGAUCUGCUGAACGGAGAAUGCCAGCCAACAGGGUUGUGAUACAGUGGGAAGUAUCUUCUGUGGUGCAGUGUGUCAACCACACUCACUCCUUUAUGUGUGGGCGGCUGCAGCGGCUGCUCUUUGCCUGUCGGCAUGGUGAGGGUUACUUAGCACCAGGAAGUUAUGAAAGUGACACUGAGCACCAUGGAAAUGGACCGGAGGAUCCUAUAUCCUUCCAGCCCAUGGGAUCAGAGAGGAUGGAGAUGCGAAAGAGGCAGCUGUCGGGGCAGCAGGAGGCGGUGGCGGGGGUGACAGUGACGGCGCCGGCGCAGCAGGGCCAGGCGGGCCAGGGCCAGCGUGCCUCCAACGCCUGCUGCUUCUGCUGGUGCUGCUGCUGCAGCUGCUCCUGUCUCACUGUUAGGAAUGAAGACAGAGAGGAGAGGAACCGGAGAGCCUCGUGCGACGUCAAAGCGGAGGGCACGACAGACUGUGAGGAGAGCCCAAAGCCCACUGUGGAUGAGGUGCGCUUGUGGGGGCAGUCCUUCGAUAAGCUAAUGCUCUGUCCGGCUGGCCGCAGUGCCUUCCGCCAGUUCCUGCGCACCGAGUUCAGCGAGGAGAACAUGCUCUUCUGGCUGGCCUGCGAGGAGUUCAGCAAGGAGACCAACAAGAGCGCCAUUGAGGAGAAAGCACGCCUCAUAUACGAGGACUACAUCUCCAUCCUCUCACCCAAAGAGGUGAGUCUGGACUCGCGAGUGCGGGAGGUCAUCAACAGGAACAUGCUGGAGCCCACAUCUCACACUUUUGAUGACGCCCAGCUGCAGAUUUACACGCUAAUGCAAAGAGACUCAUACCCGCGGUUCAUAAACUCCCCGGUCUACAAAACCCUGCUGAAGAGCGUCUCUGAGCAGUCUCCAGAAUCCUAGAUCUCUGUGAUCCCGCUCCAAUAACCCCUUCCCUUCUUCUUCUUCUUUUUGGUUGGUUUUGUUUUUUUUUGGUUCUCUUUUCCUUUGCAUAGAGUAUGUUUAAAAGGGCCUCAGUGUGGGUCCUCGCAGGGAUUUUACUGCAUUAGAGAUCUGUACCUGAAAAAAGACACUCAGGUCCUCCAGGUCACUGGAUUUAAAAAAAAAUGUCUCAAAACUCCUGAGGGCUCAACACCAGAAGUACUGCUACAGAUCAACAUAGCAAGAUGCUCCAAAGGAUUUACCAGUGCGUUUUUGGUGUAUUUAAGAAAAAAAUAAUCUAUUUUAUUUGUGUUAUGAGGGUUUUUUUUUUUUAUUAUUGUUUUCAAUGACCUUUUUUUGUAUUCUGUUUGAAAGAAGAAGUGAACCCCCUUGUGGGCUAUUUACAGUAUAUACAGUAGAUAUAUUUAUUGAAUUUGUAAUAUAUUUCCUCAACAAACUUUCUUGUCUUACAAUAUUUAAAGAAAAGGGAAUUAUGGGUAACAGGACGUGCCCAGUUCUGAACACUGCGUAUGAGAAUCAAAGCUCAAGUCAAGGCAACACAUCAGCUUUAGUCACAGGAAACUGUGUGAGGUACUGUAACAAUCCAGCUCCACAUAUUCCACUACCUGUUCCUCUCAUAAUCACUUGGCAUCUCCAAUUGGAAAAGACAUUUUGCCAUAUUCCAGUUUUUUUUUCCUUCAAAUCAGUGUUAAAAUAGAAAUUGAAAAAGGCUGAAAUGUCAAAAUAGAUUUAGUCAUACCUGUGAAAAAUGAAUGGAAAUGAUUCGAACAUUUCUGGAUCAUAAAUGCUAACAUGUCCAGCCUAAUCAGCAGCUCCAGUCGUUCAUACUUACUGAUAUUUAUUCUCAAGUAUUUAUUUCACAAGUGUAUUUCUCGAUAGCAUGAAAAUGGCAUGCUGCACCCUAUAUAAUCCAGUGUGUGGACAGCAUCACAGUUUGUUGUCUUGUCCCUCUACUCCAGCUCACUAGACUAAAAGUUAAACAAUGCGUAUAAGUUUAAAGGGCAUUUAAUUCAAGUGUAUUCACAUCUACUAUUUUUACACUAUGUAAAGUGUCCUGGGGUUUGUGAAAAAAUGUUAUUAUUGUUAUUAUUGUUAUUAUUAUUCCUUUGGGCCACAUGUGGAAAUCAUAGUCCUUUUAUUCUUAGACGCUCCAAAUUCAGGGGAACCAUAGAGAAUUGGACACGUCUUGUGGAACUGUGUUGUUGAACACUUGGUUGAAGUUCGGACCAAGCAACAGUUGUAGUAUGAGAAGAGGUCGUAUGACUGUAGGAGGGAAGAGAACUCUGAGAACUUUGGCUGGAGUGCUGGAUGGCUUUUGUUCUAAGCUAGAAGGCUGGACCCCACCUUGAUGAACAGAGAUAGGACAGAGGAACAUGGAGGAAAUCAAGAGGUGGUGGGAUGUAAAUGGUAGAGAAGGAUAUUUAUAGGAAAUUAGGAAGACAGGUGGAGCAGCUUCAGGCAUGGCCCUCCUCUCAAACUUUAGUUACUUCACGACUCCAUAUAAAAGGCUGUGAGUUGAUAUGUAGAUGUGAAAGUUCAUUCAUAAUCCACUGAGCUGGAGUACAGAGCCAAAACUAAACUGUUUCACUGUCCAGCUGCAUACAGACUACACUGUGUGAGCAAUGAUUAGCACACAUGUAGCUCACCUACAUCCAAAGAUGUGUUACUAGAAGUUCUCUUGUGUAUAUUGAAGUAUUACAAUCAUCCAAAUUACUUAAACAGUCUUGAGAGGAAGAGAACCCUUUUAAAUACAGGUGUUUUACUACAGUAUCAAAUAUGAUUUAGGUUUAGAGCAGUGUUUCCCAGUCUUGGUCCUGGAGUGCCUGUAUACUGCAGGUUUUAGUGCAUUUCUUGCAUUAUCACACCUUAUCAGCUAAAUAACAAGCCAUUUAAUAGUUCAGAGUCAAACAAAUCAAAAUAAUGGACCAUUGUACCUUGUUAGUUCACAUCCCUGCCCAUAUUAAGCAUGAUUCAUCAUAUAAAAGACAAUGUUUAAUAGACAACAUUCUUGUUUUCCUCAGAAUAUAAUGACUUUCCCACCUCUAAACAUUCUCUGAUCUUCAGUUACAUCAUCAUACACCAGCAAACGGGAAAAACAUCAUGGAUAAUAUCAAUUAUGUCAUGACUGAUUCCCCCACCCCCCUCCCCACCUCAGCUAGCUCAGAGACCCUCUCUGACACUGUUUUACUCAGAAAUCCUUGAUAGUACAGUAGAAAAAUAUGCUGAGAUUUUCAUUUUUAAAAUGGGUGUGAGCACGGAAAACAACUAAAAUCUGUUGAACAGAGUUACUCCGAUUGGAAAGCAACUGGUUAAAGUAUCUCCCAAAAUGAGAAAAACGUGUUUAGAUAGUGUAAAGUUUGAUUUCUAGUUUUUACUAGGACUCUUAUUAGUAGGUGAGGCCAAAGUAGCCACUUCAGAUAAACUGUGUUCUGACUACAGUAGUUUACUCUCCAAAACCACUGACUAGAAUUGGAGUUGCCAAGUUAUUUUUUAAAAUCUUUUCAGUUCUGUGAAUUACUUUGUUGCCUGACUUUUCAUGUCGCUCAAAGACAAGAUCCUCACUCACUCGGGGAAGUGCCUUGACAUUCAAUUUUGUGACAUCUCUUUUAUGGCAAUAGUUGAAUCAAACUCUUGCCGCAGACACAGACUCUGGGCCUUUGAUCAAUUUAUAAGAUGAUUUGUCCUGAAGUGACUUCUGAAAUGAAUCCUUGCACUUCAUUUGUCUGUUUAUUUUGUAAAAAAAGAAUACAUCAUCCAUUUUUUUUCUUUUUUUUCCAUCACUGAAGUCACACCAUUUGAAGAAAGAGGGUCAUAUCUUUGGGAUGGAGAGAUUAGGACAAUUCAUAAAGGCUGGUUGGUCUGAGUCCAGACGUGCAUCUGCCAACAUGUAUUACAUGGUGGUACUUCUACUUGUCUUAGAGUAAAUAUGUGCAAUUUGAGCUGAUGGAUUCACCACAUAGAUCAACCUCAAAUACAAUCUAAGCCAAUGGUUUGGAGUGAUACUGCCUAUAAAUGUUUUUUUUUUUUCCUUUCUUUUUUGUUGUUGUUCUGUCAAGUACACAAAAAAAGUGUUAUUUUCCAAUCAGUUUACGAAAAGAGAAUACGUUUUUAAAAUAAUAAUAUGUGAAUGUUUACAGUAAAGUUAAUUUUUUUUUCUGUUUUAUUCAACUGAGAAAAAAAGAAUGAUUUGUGGGCAUUUGGAUUCUUUAAGAUAAAAAUAAAGCACAAUAAUUUUA